AGUCUCUCACAUGUAGAAGUCACAGCAGCUGCAUGAGAGGGAGAUGAAACCUCAACUUCUUGAGAGGGCUGAGCCUAAACGGCAUGGAUCCUAAAGACGUUUACUGACAGGGCUGCUUAUAUGUUUCAAUAAAUACCAGGACACCCAGCUCACCCUGUAUAGCUCAUAUGUCAAAGAGAAUGACACGCGGGCUGCUUUAAUAAUACAACAUCAGCACGAGCGCGUGGAGGAGGCACCUGGGACCGAAGCUCUCUCUCACACAGAGACGGGAUCGGCGCGCUGGACAUGAGGAAGACCUCAUCCCGAGCCUGAUCUCCUGCGGUCCCGGCCAUCUGUGUGGCUUCACUUACACCGAGAUCCACUCACAAAAUGACCCAGCCGCAGACGACCAUGGAGCUGGAGCAGAGCUGCAGUAUAUCCAAAAAGAGCAUCAUUACCAGAAUGUUUAAAGUUCGCAAAAGGAGAGAGAUGCUGUUCGUGCAGGUGUGCUUCGUCUGCAGCGUCCUGUUCUUGGCGUGGUGUAUGUCGGCUUUACUCACGAAGACAGGUCAUGGGCUGGUGCUUCAGGAGGGGUUUGCUGUUCCCAGAGAUCACCUGGGCAGAAGGCUUAUGGCCACAGCGGGAGACAAUGAGACCGAGAAGAACUGCACAGAACCAGCCAUCCACGAGUUCCCCGAGGAUAUAUUCACCAACAGACAGCGUACUCAAGGAGCUGUACUUCUACACAUAUUUGCGGCUCUAUAUAUGUUUCUGGCCCUUGCUAUCGUCUGUGAUGACUACUUUGUGACCUCUCUAGAGAAGAUCUGUGAGAAACUGCACCUGAGUGAAGAUGUAGCAGGUGCGACCUUCAUGGCAGCUGGAAGCUCCGCCCCCGAGCUAUUUGCCUCUAUAAUUGGUGUGUUCAUAACACAUGGAGAUGUGGGGGUGGGUACCAUAGUGGGCUCAGCCGUGUUCAACAUCCUAUGCAUCAUCGGCGUGUGUGGGAUAUUUGCGGGGCAGGUUGUUUUUCUCACCAAGUAUGCUGUGUUCAGAGACUCAGUCUACUACAUUUUAUCUGUGGUCGCCCUUAUUGCAUUUAUUUAUGAUGAUAAGAUUUUGUGGUGGGAGAGUCUGAUACUGAUCGUCAUGUAUGUUGGCUACAUUAUCAUCAUGAAGUUUAACACUAGCAUACAGAACUACUUUUCGGGGAAGAAAGACAAGAGUGUCGCCAAUGGUAAUACAGUCAUCAGCGAGAUGGAGGAUGGUAAUACAUGUUAUGAUCAGUUUUGGGAUGAUCCAUCAUGGCCGUUACUCAGACCAGUAAAGCCCACUGAAGAGUACACUAGGGGCUCUGUUGUGAUGGUGGACGAGAUGAUAAAUUCAAGCCCUCCACAUUAUCGGUUCCCAGAGGCCGGCCUCAGGGUCAUGAUCACCAACCACUUUGGGCCCAAGACACGUCUGCGCAUGGCAAGCCGACUUAUCAUCAAUGAGCAGCGGCUGGUGAAGAUGGCCAAUGGGGUGGAUGCAGUGUUGGUGGCUGAUAAGAAAGCUGACACCAUGGAAAAUGGCAAUGUGGCAGAGGACAAACUCACUGAGGAGCCAGAGAGUGAGCUGUCAUCUCCCUUCGUCUUGCCUGGGGGCGCUAUGGAUAAAGUGAAGUUUUUCAUUUCCUGGCCCAUUUUGGUAUUGCUGUUCUUCACCAUACCCAACUGUGCCAAACCACGGUGGGAGCGCUUCUUCAUGCUGUCCUUCUUCCUCUCUACGCUGUGGAUCGCCAUCUUCUCCUACGUCAUGGUGUGGAUGGUCACAAUCGCUGGAUACACACUUGGAAUCCCAGAUGUUAUUAUGGGUAUAACUUUCCUGGCUGCUGGCACCAGUGUUCCCGACUGCAUAGCCAGUCUCAUUGUCGCACGACAAGGCCUGGGGGACAUGGCUGUCUCCAACACGAUUGGCAGUAACGUCUUUGAUAUCCUGGUUGGACUUGGCGUUCCCUGGGGCAUCCAGACAAUGGCUGUCAACUACGGCUCUGUGGUUCAAAUCAACAGUAGAGGAUUGGUUUACUCCGUUGUUCUGCUGCUGGGUUCGGUGGCUUUAACUGUGCUGGGGAUCCAUGUGAACAAGUGGAGGUUGGACUUUAAGCUGGGCAUAUACGUGCUUGUUCUGUAUGCCAUCUUCCUCUGCUUUUCUAUCUUGAUCGAAUACAAUGUCUUCACUUUUGUCAACCUGCCCAUGUGCCAAGAAGGUGUCUAGGCUAGAUGAUUUCCAUGGGCUUUGAACCAAAAUACCUCCGGGUUAAACCUGCAACCAAAAUCACCAAUGAUUCUGCUGUUUCCUCUCUCUUUAAACUCCCUACUGUUAAAGAAAUUCACUAUCUCCCGCUGCACAUUCAAACCACUGUGGCUCAGAUGGAUGAACUGAAUUUCCCAGAAUACUGCUGACUCGCAACUUUCUCCAUCAAUUCCAGGAAAUUAAAUUCUCCUUGGCAGCUCUCUUUAUAACUGGAUAUUCUUCCACUUCUGAACCUCGGACAAUCACAAUGCAGCCCGUAAAUGUUUUGUUCAGAGCAGAAGGAUUCAAAGUGUACACUUACAUCACAAACUGCACACACUCACGGCAAUGACAAAGAAUGCUGCUCAUUCCUGUAUGCAUUAGCAAUCUACAUUUUUCUAAUUUCUGUCUUCCCUUGAGUCAACGUUUGACAUGAACAUAAUGCACUUUAUAUGUGGCAUAAAACAUCUACAUCAAAUUAAUUUAUUUCCUCCGGAAUGGAAAAAUGAAAGUACGUCCUUAAUGUGGUGCAAUAAAAAGAUGGAACUGACAUGAAAUGACUGCCCUCGGGCAAGGAAGUGAUUCUCGCAGCUCGUUACACACAAGAAAACUGUUGAAAUAAGACGCAUAGCAGAUGUGAAGCAUUUUCUGUAUGGAUCGUGCGACGGGGCAAGCAGUUAUGAAAUAUUUAUGAGCUGGACCAUAUAAUUCCUGCUGAGAGCUUCCGGCAGGUGCCCAUCGGAGAGGUCAGCGAGUGGACCAGCUUCUAACACAUGGAAACAGAAGCUCUAAAAUUGGACACGUUUUGGUUUCCCCUCAACUUUUCCAGAUCUGCAUUAACCAGUGAAUGGAACCAAUCAUAAAGCACACAUCACCUCUUGUUCAGAGCAGAGCAGACGACCCUCAGGACCGCUCUUUGCUUGUUUCGCACUAUGGACCAUGACUGACAACUGUGGCUGCUUUGAUAUUUCAAACACAUACUGAUGACAUCACAAACAGAGAUCCUGGAUUUUGCAAACAUGCUACAAAUCGAAGAGUGUUUUUUUGUUUUGUUUUGUUUUUUUUUGUUUUAUAUAUAUGUAAAUAUAACAUCACUGAUACUGUUUGAACCAGUGCUUCCUUACAGAUGUUGGGAGGUGAGGGUGAAUUUAAAUACGUGACCAAAGUGGCCACUUUUUCUUUAUUUCCAAUGCACCCUAACCUCCCUCUCUGGAUAUUUAUUACUGUUUGUCCGUAAUGCAUGAUUUGACACAAAGAAGCCAUUUUUAAAGCAGGGCAAAAGCUUUGUGAGCUCACGUCAAUGGCCAGGUCAUAUUUCAUUUCAAAAUCAAAAGAAAAAUAAAUAAGACUGUGCAAGGAAAUUAAGUUUAAAGACCUUUUAAGGUUUAUUUGCAUUGCAACAUUUAUUUUCAUAAAAUGUAAGCACACUUUCAAACCUGGAUUCUUAUAGCUGUAAUAUGCAUUUUCAUACUGUAAUUUGUGCAUACUGUAAUAAAAUAUAUUUAAAUUAGCAUUAGCUAAUUUAAAAUGACAAUGAUAUUUAAUUAAAGAUUUGUGCAUUACAGUAAUAGGAUUGAGAUUUUAUUAUAUGGCCAUGGAAAUGUUUUGAUAUUUUGUAUUUUUAUUUUUAUUUAUUUUUUUUAUUUUUUUUGCAGUAAUGAAAAUUACUGUAAUGGGAAUUGAAGUGUACAUUUAAAUAAUUAUACAUUUUAAAUCUAUUUUUUAUUUUUUUGCAUUACAGUAAUGAGUUUUUUUCUAUUGCGGUAAUGGAGAUUGCAUUAAUGACAAUUACAGUAAUGAUGUUUGAGGUAGAAAAUGCACUUACUGUGAUGUCACAAUACAAAAACAAAAUUAUAAUGGUCUUCAUAGACUUCUUUUUCUUUAAGCAUAAAAUAAUUAGCUUCUUUCUUUCUUUUUCUUUUUUCUUUUGGUGAAAUAUGACCUGAACUUGACCUUGACUGGUUUCCUGAGAUUCACCUCUAAAUGGCAGCUACAGGACCCCCAUUUACUCAGCUGCUAGUGGGCUCAAGAGAACUUGAUCGUAGGGGAACAAGCGUGUCUUUGUGUCUUUCGUCAGUCGUAGAACCUGUCGUUGUUAAGUGCUAGGAGGUGCUGUCGCUGUUGUCUGUACAAAAAGACAGGUGUUGCAGUAUUUGAUGUACACAUUAUAUAUGAUAUAUGCAAUCUCAGUCGGUGAGGGCCGAGUACGGAGAUUAUAUUUUCAUAGAUGAGCCAUGUUUGUGAAAGCUGCUGAAGUCGCCCACCGCUGUAGCACAUGCAUGCAGAUUCUGUCAUCUAAUCUUACGUCACAUAAAUGCCAUUCUGUAGAAUGUCGACUUUAGUUUAUUGUGGCUAUGUGCUGUGCAGAAUGAUGGUGGUGUCAUGUGAUGAUUCUCUUUUGUUCUUUCUUUCGUUCUUUGUUCUGUGGUGUUGAUCUGUACGAUUACAUUAUUCAUCUGAAAUAGAUACAACAUACACUGUCGGAGGAGCUUCUAAAGCUUCUUCCUAUGCUGGUUGCCACCUUAAAUAGUUAAAAAGUGUUUUUUCCAGCAUUAAAUGAAUUAUUUGGUGCCAGUUUCUAAUCAUUGUUAGUUUCUCCCUGCUUGUUUUGGGAAAUCUCUUUUGCCAUUCUAAUAGACAGUGCAUUGAUAUUCUAGAUUUAUUUGAAUCUAUUUGUCAGCACACUAUCCUUUACUUUGUUGCAGGUUAUUUGUGCCAUGCUUGAUGUAAAUGCUACCAUUAUAUUUGAACUGAGAUGAGUAUUUUUUGACAUUUAAUUGUAUUUUAUAAACUUCGGACCUCCGGAGUGGUUUAAUUAUUUCAUCGGGUCACUUCAGAUGGGAUGUGUUUGUUGCCAGUUGUAUAGCACUCAUAAAUGAAUAGACGUAUAUGCACUCUCCAUUAUAUGCCUCUUCAAAGGGCAAAAACUUCAAGGAAAAUGCUUCAAAUGACUCUGCCACGCAUGAAUAUGCACAAGAGUAUGAGAACUUCUCAUGCGGUGUCUUGAUUUAUUAAACACACAUGCACAGAUACAUACGCAACUGCUCCACGAGUGACCUGCUGCACUGUGAGUGGAUCGGCAUAUAGAAAACCUUUUGUAAGGUACAGAUUUAAUGAUUUUCAACAUAAGACGUUGGUGUGUAUCUUGAAUGUAUUGUCUUGCAAGCAAUGGAUGUAUCCAACCAAUGCAUUUUACUGUAAAGCAAUAAUCUAAAAAGAAUAUAAAUAAGAAUAUAUGAAGCAUACGAGUACUGUAUGGAGAAAACAAUUAAAUUAUACAGUUUAUAAAUGUG